GCAGCAGAUAAAAGCUGCAGCUUGGUGUUGAGCUCUUCACACUUAUCACCCCUCACUUUGAAUAAGCAGCUGGAAAAAAAAAACAUCAGUAGCUAUGGAGCCCAACAUCAUCAGAGAGGGAUAUCUGGUAAAAAAGUAUUGGUUAUGAUUAUCAUCUCUAGGGCACUUUGCUGAAUUCAUGGAAAGUGAUGUGGGUGGUGUUAGCAGAUGAUGGAAUAGAGUUUUACAAGAAGAAGACAGACAGUAGUCCAAAGGGCAUGAUUCCAUUGAAAGAAGCUGUGUUGACCAGCCCGUGCCAGGACUUCAACAAAAGAGCGUUAGUUUUCAAGGUGACCAGAGAAAAGAAGCAGGACCACUUUUUCCAAGCAACCCACCUGGAGGAGAGAGAGGCAUGGGUUAAAGAUAUCAAGAGAGCCAUCACUUGCUUGGAUGGUGGAAAGAAAUUUGCCAGGAAGUCUACCAGGCGGUCGAUUCGAUUACCUGAAACGGUUAACCUGAGUGAGCUGUAUGUUUUGAUGAAGGACCAAGAUUCCGGAGUGAAAGAAAUGAAACUGGAAAAAGACAAGAAGCUUUUCAACCACUGCUUCACUGGUGUCAUGGUGAUCGACUGGUUAAUCUCUCAGGGGAAGGUACGGAACCGACCUGAGGGUGUGAUGCUGGGCACAGGGCUGCUGAAUGAAGGCUAUCUGCAGCCGGCUGGAGACCUAUCUAAAACAGCUAUGGAAAGCAACGUGGAGUCUGCACUGCUGGACCAGCCGGAUGCUAUGUACUAUUUUGCAGAAAGUGGCUUCUUCUGUGAAGGCUACUCGAGCGAUGAGGAUGUGCUUGUAAAGGAGGAGUUCAGAGGAGCCAUAGUGAAGCAGGGUUGUCUGAUGAAACAGGGCCACAGGCGGAAAAACUGGAAGGUGAGAAAAUUUAUCCUGAGGGACGAUCCUGCGUAUAUCCACUACUACGACCCCACCAAGGGUGAGGAUCCUCUUGGCUCAGUUCAUCUGCGUGGAUCUGUUGUGACUGCAGUGGAUUAUGUACCAGAUGCUAAGAAGCAUGACAUCGAGGGCAACUUGUUUGAAAUCAUCACUUCAGACGAGAUACACUACUACCUGCAAGCAGCUACCGCUGAAGAACGCAAUGACUGGAUCAGAGCCGUUCAAGCGGUGUCAAAGUCUGGAAAAUAACUGCAGAAGAUCACUUCAGUGCAGAAGUAUCCUGCCAAAAAAAGACGUUAUAUUUUAACUGUUUAGCUUAGAUUGUUAUUUAAUCCCAAACACAUAAUAAAAUGGUUAUGUUUUAAUUUUUA